AAAGAAAAUACAGCACAUAGCGUUGAAGAUUCACUAAAAGUUCUGGAAUACAGUGUAUCUGCUUUAAAAAAGGAAACCACCCAUUAUAAGAAUGCCUCAUUGAUAAUAUUCAAAAAGCUUAAAGUUUAUUCAUUACAGAUAAUUAAAAAUCGAGUCAAUCUGAGUAAGAUGUCUCUAUACGACAAAUAUCACUGGAAAUUUAUUGAAAAAGGGUCUGCCAAAGGGCCAACAAAGUAUAAU